UAGUGUGUACGUGUGAGUGUGUGACGACCAGUCAGUGGGCGGGAGCAGCUAAGCUAGGGGAGGUGGUGUUACACAGCUAGCAGUGCAUGCAGUCUAUGAUUCGCUGGAGAGUGUAUCGGGCCGGAGGCAGGAUGCGUACAGUAACCAAGAUGCAGAUAAUGGCCGCCGUUCUAGUGGGUUUUUUCCUCGGCUACGUUCUCCUACCGUCCACCAUCAGCUUCAGCACGGACGAGGCCGACCAGGGAGACCUCAUAGGUAAAGGUUUCUACAACGCGAAGCCUAGGGCGGCAGCAAUCCAGAUUUCGUCCGACGGCAGGGAAUUUAUUGUGGAAGGCAGAGCCAAGAGAAUUCUGAGCGGGGCCAUCCACUACUUUAGAGUGGUGCCCGACUAUUGGGAUGACCGCCUGAGGAAAAUGAGGGCCUCGGGACUCAACACCGUGGAAACGUAUGUGCCCUGGAAUGCUCACGAGCCAGUUCCUGGUGUGUUUGACUUCACUGGGAUCCUGGACGUGGCAGAGUUCAUAAAGACAGCUCAGCACCUGGGGCUACAUGUCAUUGUCCGACCGGGGCCCUACAUCUGUGCCGAGUGGGAAAUGGGAGGCCUCCCUGCGUUAGUGUUCUUUUAUUAGCAUCUUUCUUACAUAUAUUACGUUCGAUGCUCCACCCACCCAACCCAAUGUCAUCUUACAUAAUCAACAAAACUGAUGUAUAUAAGUAAUUGCAUUAUUAUAGGCUUGCAACCACACAUACCUCACACUUCGGCACUCAUGGGUGUGGCUCCAACAUAUACUUCAUUUUGUCUCACAUCCUCUGCUGAUCUUAGUAAUCUAUGUAUAUAGCAGCAUAAUGCUAAGACUGUUGCUUUUCUUCAGCAAGCGUACAGAUGUGUCUUUAUAAAGAGUGGUGUACCGGUCGAAUUGUUAACGUUUAUACAUAUAAGGCAGCAGUACGAUGGACGCCACCUGCCUCCCACGAGUUACAAUCCUACAAUCCUACCCUGUGUUUCCCACGCUAGCUGUACAAUGUGAUUCGCAAUGUGAUUAUUUAGAUUACUCCGGGAGCUUCCUAAUGUGUACAUAUGCACUGUACAAUAAUAUCGUUAGAGUUUUGCUGAGAAAGCUUGACUGUGCAUUGUUCACGCAGGUGUGUCAAGGCUAGUAUUGUUAAACAUGCUGAUAAGGUUCCAGGCAUGUGCAUAACACGUUGCAUCAAUGUUUGUUUUAUGUGCUGUUGGGGGAAAUAAAAUUGAGUGAUAUCAAACAUUGAUUUCGUGAUGAUAUUAUAUGCACGAUGUUUUGCUAUGGCAACGUUUCUACGUAUUUUAAUGUUGGACUCUGUGGCAUGUGGGAGAGAGCCGAUCUGAUCUUGGCAAUUAACAAAUAAUUGGCGAAUAAAGUGAGCCUACCUAG